AUGUCUGAGCCAUCUGCAACAAGUACAACAGAGGCUUCUGCGGCAACAACUGAGAAAAUAACAUCAAGUACCCCUGAAGCUUCAACUGCAACUGAGUCAACAGUGGCAACUUCUACAGAAACAACUGCAUCAAGAGCUACUGAACUGUCAUCACCAACAACUGAGACAAUUGCACCAAGUAUCACUGAAGCCUCGACCGCAACUGAGUCAACAGUGGCAAGUACAACUGUGGCGUCUACGUCAACUAUUGAGUCAACAACAUUAACAACAACUAAAGCUUCUACACCAAUUGCUGAGAGCACUGCAGUGAGUACAACAGAAUUUACUACUCCAACUGCAACUGAAACUAAGUUCACAACCACCCCUGUAGCUUCUACAGCAUUGUCUGAGCCAUCUGCAACCAGUACAAUAGAGGCUUCUGCGGCAACAACUGAGAAAAUAACAUCAAGUACCCCUGAAGCUUCAACUGCAACUGAGUCAACAGUGGCAAGUACAACUGUUGCUACUACAUCAACUAUUGAGUCAACAAUAUUAACUACAACUAUACCUUCUACACCAAGUGUUCAAAGCUCAGCAGUAACUACAACAGAAAUUUCUACACCAAGUGUAACUGAAACUAGGGUGUCAACGACUACAGUAGGUUCUACAGCAACGCCUGAAAAAUCUACAUCAAGUACAGGGGAGGUUUCUACAGCAACUACUGAGAAAAUAACAUCAACUACCACUGAAGCUUCAACUGCAACUGAGACAACAGUGGCAAGUACAACUGUGGCUUCUACGUCAACUAUUGAGUCAACAAUAUUAACUACAGCUAUAGUUUCUACACCAACCGCUGAGAGCACUGCAGUGAGUAAAACAGAAAUUACUACUCCAACUGCAACUGAAACACGACUGUCAAGUACACCUGUAGCUUCUACAGAAACAACUGCAUCAAGAGCUACUGAACUGUCAUCACCAACAACUGAGACAAUUGCACCAAGUACCACUGAAGCCUCGACCGCAACUGAGUCAACAGUGGCAAGUACAACUGUGGCGUCUACGCCAACUAUUGAGUCAACAACAUUAACAACAACUAAAGCUUCUACACCAAUUGCUGAGAGCACUGCAGUGAGUACAACAGAAUUGACUACUCCAACUGCAACUGAAACUAAGUUCACAACCACUCCUGUAGCUUCUACAGCAUUGUCUGAGCCAACUGCAACAAGUACAACAGAGGCUUCUGCGGCAACAACUGAGAAAAUAACAUCAAGUACCAUGGAAGCUUCAACUGCAACUGAGUCAACAGUGGCAAGUACAACUGUUGCUACUACAUCAACUAUUGAGUCAACAAUAUUAACUACAACUAUACCUUUUACACCAAGUCUUCAAAGUUCAGCAGUAACUACAACAGAAAUUUCUACACCAAGUGUAACUGAAACGAGGGUGUCAACAACUACAGUAGCUUCUACAGCAACGCCUGAGACAUCUACAUCAAGUACAGGGGAGGUUUCUACAGCAACUACUGAGAAAAUAACAUCAAGUACCACUGAAGCUUCAACUGAGACAACAGUGGCAAGUACAACUGUUGCUUCUACGUCAACUAUUGAGUCAACAAUAUUAACUACAGCUAUAGUUUCUACACCAACCGAUGAGAACACUGCAGUGAGUACAACAGAAAUUACUACUCCAACUGCAACUGAAACACGGCUGUCAAGUACACCUGUAGCUUCUACAGAAACAACUGCAUCAAGAGCUACUGAACUGUCAUCACCAACAACUGAGACAAUUGCACCAAGUACCACUGAAGCCUCGACCGCAACUGAGUCAACAGUGGCAAGGGAGGUUUCUACAGCAAUUACUGAGAAAAUAACAUCAAGUACCACUGAAGCUUCAACUGCAACUGAGACAACAGUGGCAAGUACAACUGUGGCUUCUACGUCAACUAUUGAGUCAACAAUAUUAACUACAGCUAUAGUUUCUACACCAACCGAUGAGAACACUGCAGUGAGUACAACAGAAAUUACUACUCUAACUGCAACUGCAACACGGCUGUCGAGUACACCUGCAGCUUCUACAGAAACGACUGCAUCAAGAGCUACUGAACUGUCAUCACCAACAACUGAUACAACAGCAUCAAGUACCACUGAAGCUUCAACUGCAACUGAGAUAACAGUGGCAAGUACAACUGUUGCUUCUACGUCAACUAUUGAGUCAACAAUGUUAACUACAGCUAUAGUUUCUACACCAACCACUGAGAUCACUGCAGUGAGUACAAGAGAUGUUACUACUCCAACUGUAACUGAAACACGGCUAUCAAGUACACCUGUAGAUUCUACAGAAAGUACUGCAUCAAGAGCUACUGAACCGUCAACUGCAACAACUGGUACAACAGCAUCAAGUACCAUAGAAGUUUCAACCUCAACUGAGAAAACAGUGGCAAGUACAACUGUGGCAUCUACGCCAACUAUUGAGUCAACAACAUUAACAACAACUAAAGCUUCUACACCAAUUGCUGAGAGCACUGCAGUGAGUACAACAGAAUAUACUACACCAACUGCAACUGAAACUAAGUUGACAACCACCCCUGUAGCUUCUACAGCAAUGUUUGAGCCAUCUGCAACAAGUACAACAGAGGCUUCUGCGGCAACAACUGAGAAAAUAACAUCAAGUACCCCUGAAGCUUCAACUGCAACUGAGUCAACAGUGGCAAGUACAACUGUUGCUACUUCAUCAACUACUGAGUCAACAAUAUUAACUACAACUAUACCUUCUACACCAAGUGUUCAAAGCUCAGCAGUAACUACAACAGAAAUUUCUACAGGGGAGGUUUCUACAGCAAUUACUGAGAAAAUAACAUCAAGUACCACUGAAGCUUCAACUGCAACUGAGACAACAGUGGCAAGUACAACUGUGGCUUCUACGUCAACUAUUGAGUCAACAAUAUUAACUACAGCUAUAGUUUCUACACCAACCGAUGAGAACACUGCAGUGAGUACAACAGAAAUUACUACUCUAACUGCAACUGCAACACGGCUGUCGAGUACACCUGCAGCUUCUACAGAAACGACUGCAUCAAGAGCUACUGAACUGUCAUCACCAACAACUGAUACAACAGCAUCAAGUACCACUGAAGCUUCAACUGCAACUGAGAUAACAGUGGCAAGUACAACUGUUGCUUCUACGUCAACUAUUGAGUCAACAAUGUUAACUACAGCUAUAGUUUCUACACCAACCACUGAGAUCACUGCAGUGAGUACAAGAGAUGUUACUACUCCAACUGUAACUGAAACACGGCUAUCAAGUACACCUGUAGAUUCUACAGAAAGUACUGCAUCAAGAGCUACUGAACCGUCAACUGCAACAACUGGUACAACAGCAUCAAGUACCAUAGAAGUUUCAACCUCAACUGAGAAAACAGUGGCAAGUACAACUGUGGCAUCUACACCAACUAUUGAGUCAACAACAUUAACAACAACUAAAGCUUCUACACCAAUUGCUGAGAGCACUGCAGUGAGUACAACAGAAUAUACUAUACCAACUGCAACUGAAACUAAGUUGACAACUACCCCUGUAGCUUCUACAGCAACGUCUGAGCCAUCUGCAAUAAGUACAACAGAGGCUUCUGCGGCAACAACUGAGAAAAUAACAUCAAGUACCCCUGAAGCUUCAACUGCAACUGAGUCAACAGUGGCAAGUACAACUGUUGCUUCUAUGUCAACUAUUCAGUCAACAAUAUUAACUACAGCUAUACUUUCUACACCAACCGGUGAGAGCACUCCAGUGAGUACAACAGAAAUCUCCACUCCAACUGCAACUGGAGAUUCUACAGAAACACCUGCAUCAAAAACUGCUGAUGCGUCAACGGCAUCAACAGAGUCUAUAGCGUCAAGCACCAUGGAAGCUUCAAUAGCAACAGCUGAGACAAUUGCAUCAAGUACCGCUGAAGCCUCAACUGCAAUUGAGUCAGCAGUCACAAGUACAACUGUUGCUACUACAUCAACUAUUGAGUCAACAAUAUUAACUACAACUAUACCUUCUACACCAAGUGUUCAAAGCUCAGCAGUAACUACAACAGAAAUUUCUACACCAAGUGUAACUGAAACUAGGGUGUCAACGACUACAGUAGCUUCUUCAGCAACGCCUGAGACAUCUACAUCAAGUACAGGGGAGGUUUCUACAGCAACUACUGGGAAAAUAACAUCAACUACCACUGAAGCUUCAACUGCAACUGAGACAACAGUGGCAAGUACAACUGUGGCUUCUACGUCAACUAUUGAGUCAACAAUAUUAACUACAACUAUAGUUUCUACACCAACCGCUGAGAGCACUGCACUGAGAAAAUAA